GUGAGUUAUUUCCCUUUCAUUUCAUUCAAAACCAAAAGAGGAAGUAAAAAUAGCAAAUUUCCACUUAUUUUGUCAAACGGAAAAAAACAAGUUUUAAUUGAUUAUUUCCAUGAAAUACUUAUAAAUCAAAAUGUUUCAAGAACCUGACUACAGAGAAAACUUAUCAUUGAUGUUAUCAGAGGUUUUACAUGACAUUGGUGUCAAUGAAAGAAUGGUGAUGAGAAUAAGAAGAGGAGUCAUACUGAGAGAGAAUAUGGGUAAUAUCAUGAACAGGUUAACUGAUAGAAAUGUAUCUGACUAUUUACUAGGGAGUCAAAGUGAAGGUACAACUACUAUAGGACUUCAUUCAGACUUUGAUAUGCUAGGCUGUAGUCAUGAUUUCAAUAUAAUACAAGACUGGUCAGAGUGGGAACAUGACAAGGAAAACUUCCUCAUGAUACAGGAUGAGAACACUACUCCCGGGUAUUGUUUCUUACAACGACUCAGAAAUGAUGUACCUCUUCCUGCAACUGUCAUUCCUGAUGAACAUUAUAUUACUGAUAGAAGAGGAAGAAUACUGUUUAAAAAUACAUUCAUAAAUCAAUUUCUUCAGGGUGCUCGACAGCAGCAUGGACCAUCUAUUGCUGAACAAGGACAAGCUGGAAAUUGUGAUAGAGACAUGGUGUGGGCUGCUCCAUGUAAAUCAUGGCCUCAAUCAGCAUCAGGUUGGUUAGAUAGACAGGGUUUUGGCAGAUGGCCAACACAAGAGAUGAGAAGAUAUGCAGCCAGUACUGGGUGUUUUGUUGUUCCAACUGGAAGUAAGGUCAGUGAAUAUCCUGAAUUGGAAUGGAGAAUAUCUACAUCAUUGACAGAAAGAUGUAUUAUGUUCAAUCUAAAUAUAACACAAAUAAGGUGCUAUGUACUAUUGAAAAUGAUUCUUAAGUCCUUCCUUAAUCCUCAAGAUGAAAUCAACAUAUCAAGUUUCAUGUGUAAAACAGUUCUAUUACAUUGUAUAGAAAACACAGAGUCGCAAAUAUGGAAAGAUAACAAUUUAUAUACAUGUUUAACAUACUGUUUAUUGGAAUUACACAGUUGUGUACAGAAUGACUGUUGUUCACAUUACAUUAUAACAGAAAAUAAUUUGAUGGCAGGACAAUUCACAGCUGAGACAAAACAUGAACUUUCAAAAAAUAUUUGUGAUUUUAUACAGAAUGAUAGACAACGGCUACUUAGUAUUGAUAUUGAUGAUUUUGUUCAUAGACUUCAAGUUAAACUGAACAGGGUACCACAUGGAGUUUAUUAUUUUCAUUCUUCUCUUGAAAUAUAUGAAACUGUUAUGACGUGGGCAUAUAUAAGCAUUGUAACUGAAAUAAGUGUACAGCACCAGCUUUUUUUAAAACAUUUACACAAUAAAAACAUUAGAACAAUAAAACUAUCUGUAGGUAAAUUAAUGGCCUUCAAUGACAAUGGUAAUCGAUUAGAACAUGCUGCAUUCAAGCUUCUAGCACCUUUUCUUUUCACCACAUAUGGAUCUAUCCUAGCAUCAUCCAGCAUUGGUGAAAAUAAUCAAGUGCCAUCCCAAGCAUUGGUCUGGCUAUCAGCUGGUUUAAACUCAGAUAUCUCAUCUAGCAGACUUAAAUUGGCUUCAGUGUUUUACAGUACAGGAGAUAUGGAGAAAGCUGAACUAAUUCUGAGACACACAGAACAACAAUAUUAUUCCAACCCUGUUUUACCAAUCUGUAACUGCUGGUACAAGACUUCAACGGCAACAGCUGAAUUCGAGAGGAUAUGUAAUGAACAAAGUGAGAACUGUAUCAAACAUAUUACAGCUUUUUGUGUCAGAUUCAUACAGGAAGAGAUCAACUGUGUUCCUCAUGAACUACAAUAUGAAAUGUUCAGAUCUACACAAGAUGACAUGAUACACAGACAUAGAACAAAUGACUGUUGGAUGGACUGGGCUGUAGUUGAUUCUCUACCUCUCCUGUUCUUCCUACAAUAUAAGAUCUACCGACAUCUACAAAGACAUCAAGAUCAACAACAAGCACUUUGUAAACUUAUAAGAAUCAUAGAAACAGAUAAAAACCUCAAACAUAGAGAAACAGCUCUCAACAUUUUAGGACAAUGUAUGGAACAAGAAAACAGACCUCAAGUAGCAUUAAAAUGCUACAUGCUUUCUCUUCAACAAAGGGCAAGGAACAAUGUAGCAAACUUCCAUAUAUGUAAGCUCCUUUCUGGCUUACUGGUUAACCAAUAAAAUUGGAUCAAAAAAAAGGAAGUAUGAAGACUUGAGUUUUCAAUGAUAUGAUUAUCAAACUGAUUCAAAUGACAAAAUAAAUGCCUGCCAUUAUACUUUUUAUCACAUAUUAUUUUGAAACACAAUUAAACAUGUUAAAUUGAAAGAAGAUUCCAACUUCAUUGACUAGGAGACUUUACAUUUGAGAGUUUAGAGCAUCUUGUGUAGAGGACCAGUAUUGCUCGUGAAAAUGUAUUUUAAAUUUUGGUUUAUAAGGUGAAGUUUUUUCCAAGCAUUUAUUUGAUACAGUAGUCAAAACAGUUUUUAGCUAGUCUUCUAUUGUUGGCAAUAUUUAUUAAAAGUCUUGUUUUAUAAAAUGUACCUUGUAUAUAAAGUAUUGUUCUUAUUUUAUAUUUUGUACCCUGUAAA